AUUGAGACUCAGCAAAACAUUUUGUUAUCAGAAGAAGAAUGCCACGAAGGUCAUGCAGUGACAAUAUGAUUGUUGUCUGAUGCAUCGUGCCGCUUGUGAGGAGUGAGACACGAGAAGGAGCGAUCUCCAAAGUGGCCAUUUGGCCACACUCCACAGCACAAAAUGCUAAGAAGACUCAGGCCUUGCUCUGACCGUCCAUCCGCGAUCACGCGGUCCAGCUUUCUCCUGGCGGGCAUAUAAUACUUGGCGCCAGCAAUGUGCAGCACAUACCAAUACGCACGCCCGCACGUACUUACAAGCCGGCCGGCCGGCCAUGUGCCCCACCACCGUCCCGGUGACCGGCGCUGACAUGGACGACACCGUCCUUGCAAAGCUUCGUGCCUCGCGAGCCGCCAUCGUCUCGGUGCUCUCCGACGCUGCCGGGGCGGAAGCUGCCAUCGAUGAGGCCGGCGACCGCCUCACUGACCUCCUGUCCAGCGCCUCUUCGCCGUCCUCCUCCAACCUCCAGUCCAAGGCCGUGGCGGCGCGGGCACUGCGCGCGCGCAUCGACCGCGCCGUCGCCCCGGCCGAGCCACUCCUCGCGGCUCUGCGCCGGGUGUCUUCCCUCGCCGAGGAGGCCGCGCAGCUCCCGGAGAACCCGGCCGACACCGAGAGCGCCGUCGCCUUCGUCGACCGCGUGGACCAGAUGCGCGACGCCAUCGAGGACGUGGUGGCACGAGGGGACGAGGCCGUCCGGAGGGUGGAGGAGGCGGUCGGGUUCCUUGGCCGUACCACCACCAAAGCCGCCGGCCGCUGCCGGGUGCGGCGGCUCACCGAGGCGGCUUCCGCGCUGCGCGCUGUGUACGAGACGGAGGCGGAGGCGAUGCGCUUCGAGGGCCCGCUCGACGAGGCGCUGCUCGGCCUCCAGGAUCUCUUCGAGGCGGUCCUGCUCAGGCUCAAGCACGCCGCGCCUGCGGACGAUGCCGGCGCCGUGGGCGACACGGACGAGUAUGAACUCGGCACGGACGACGAGGUGGACGCCGCCGCGAGGAUGGCGAAGACGCUGGCCGGCAACGACUGCCUGGACAUCUGCGUCGACAUCUACGUCAAGGCGAGGUACAGGAGAGCGGCCAAGGCGAUGAUGCGGCUGGACCCGGCGUACCUCAAGGCUUACACGGCCGAGGCCAUCGACGGCAUGGAGUGGGAGGCGCUGGAGUCCUCCAUGGCGCUGUGGAGCCCGCACUUCCACGUGGCCAUCGCCUCCGUGCUCACGGCGGAGCGGCGGCUGUGCGCGCGGGUGCUCGCGCACCUCCCGCCGGCGGUCUGGCCCGAGUGCUUCGCCAAGAUCGCCGCGCGCAUCGUGGCCGCGUUCUUCCGCUUCGCCGACGGCGUGGUCGCGGCCGAGCGGGAGCCGCAGAGGCUGUUCAAGCUGCUCGACAUGUUCGACGCGGUGGCACGGGAGAGGGACCGCCUCGACGCGCUCUUCUCCGGCGAGUCGGCCACGCUGGUCGCCAUCCGUGAGCGAGCGAGCGAGGUGGAGCGCGCCCUCGCCCGUGCCGCGGCCGGCGUGUUCUACGAGUUCGGCCUCCGCGUUGAGACGCACUACAUCGCCGGCGCCGGCGCCGGGACCGACGCCGUGCACGUGCCCAAGAUCGUCCGCUACGCCGUGAACUACCUGAAGUGCCUCGCGUCCGACGACUACCGCGGGCUCAUGGACACCGCGCUGCGAGCGGAGCGCGAGCGCGGCGGCGCCGGCGACGGCGAUGAGGACGGGGGCGAAGCGGAGGGCGGAGGAGGCCGCGCGGCGCUCGCGGAGGCGGCGUCGAACGUGCUGGAGGCGCUGCACCGGCACGUGGAGGCGGCGCGCAAGGUGUGCGCGGACGCGGUGGCGGGGCACGUCAUGGCCAUGAACGCGUACUGGUACAUAUACAUGCGCACCCGGGGCAGCGACCUGUCGAAGCUGAUCGGCGAGGAGCCCAUUAAGCGGCGGUACAAGACCUCGGCCGAGGAGGCGGCGUGGGAGUACCAGGACGCGGCGUGGAGCCCGCUGGUCCGGCUCCUCGGCGGCAGCGGCGGCAAGGCGUGGCCGGCCGACGAGGCGCGGGAAAAGGCGGCGGCGUUCGCCGGCGUGCUGGAGGAGAGGGUGAGGAAGCACGGGGCGGAGUACAAGAUCCCGGACGGCGACCUACGGGCGCAGAUCAAGGCCGCGGUGACCAAGGCGGUGCGCGGCGCGUACGCCGGGUUCGUGAAGGCGAACGAGAAGGCGGUGGCUGGCGGGAGGCGGGAGCUCCUGCAGGUGGACGUCGUCGAGAGCAUGGUGAGGCGGGUGUUCGAGGAGAUGGGCGACGGUGAAGCCGGCGGCAAGGGCAUGGGCCGGACGAGGAGCAGCGGCCGGGUACGGCGGGAGAGCGGCAACAUCGACGGGUUCGAGGCCAACUAAAGUUACUACUACAGCACGCACGCCAUGGACAACACGAUCCAAUUUCAGCGUGGAAUAAUAUUUUUGCAUGUUGGUUCUUUUGUUACUACCAGUUACUGUAAUCUGCAAUAAAUCACAGGCCAUUUUCUCCUCA